AUGUCUUCGGUGCCCUUAGGUGAGAUAAUUUAUAUUGCAGUCAAGCCUAUCUUCAAGAUCUACUUGAUCAUAGGCGUGGGAUUUAUGCUAGCUAGAAUGAAGAUUCUUACUGUGGAUACAUCGAAGAAUAUCUCUUCUAUGGCAGUGAUCGUUUUGCUACCCGCCUUGGCAUUUGCUAAGAUCGUCACCAACAUCUCAGAUUCAGACGUUAAGCAGAUUUCAACCAUCGUCAUCGUUGCUUUCUUCUUAAUGUUUGCCGGCUCUAUAGGAACUUUUCUAAUAGGUGUCGCUUUAGGGAGUCCCAAGGAGUGGUACGGUGGAUUACUCAGUUGUGGCUUAUUGCCUAAUAUUUCAGAUCUUCCUAUUGCAUAUCUUCAAUCAAUGGAGACUUCCGAUAUUCUACAGGAUGUUGAUAAGGGAGUCUCUUAUGUAUGUAUAUUCUUAGCGCUUCAAAUGAUGGUUCAAUUCAAUUUUGGAGGCUUUAAAUUGAUCGAGUUGGAUUUUCGUGCUAAGCUUAAUGAGGCUGAGGCUGAGGAGUCUGGGGAAGCUGGAGUUGGUGGUGAGGCUGGGGUUGAUGGAUAUGAUGAGGAGGCUGCCAUAGAGUCGUCUGUGCCUGGAAGACGUGAACGACCCGAACCACCCGAACCACCUGAAAAUGUGGCAGAGAAGACUUCCCCGGUAGCCAGUGGGGCUAAAGGAACCUCCGAUGAUUCUACAAACACUUCGGACACUCUAGAAAAGACCCCAGGGUCUCUAGAACAGCCUCUAGGAUCUCUAGAAAAGACUCCAGGGUCUCCUGAUGCCGAUGCAACACAUAUAGAUGGCCCUUCUAGCUCCUCUAACACCCAAAUCUUUCCAUCACAGUCUUCUGCAGACUCCAUGUCGUCUCUAGACUCUCUUAUAGACAACUCCUCCAUCAACCCACGCAAGCUUCACCCAUUACGUUCCAAUGCCCUAUCUAGAAUUGGUUCUGUUGUCUCUAGACUUAGUUAUACUACUGCUCUUUCUAGGAAGGCUAGUGUUCCUGAUUCUAUCCUCAGUACCCGUACAGACCGUACGAGACCUGCCGAAAACAUGGACGAUAUAGUUAGGGUGUAUUCUAGAUUCAGCCAGUUGAAGAAGGAGCGUCAGACCAACGAGUCUCGUCGUCAACCUCCUUCUUCUGAGUCCACCACCUCGUCAUCCAGCUCGUCGCCAUCGUCUCCGUCGUCUCCGUCAUCUCCGUCGUCCACUUCUAAUCGCUUAAACAUCCCACGCUCCUUCUGGAAUCAGAAAAAGUACGAACUACACCUAAUUGGUCAGUUUUCUCGACGUCUACCGCAUAUUCUAAGACAUUUCAACUACUUUGAACUUCUUAAGAACUCCAUAAUAGUUCUCAUAUCGUCUACUAUGAAACCAGCAUCUAUUACAAUCAUUUGCAGUAUUGUGGUAUGUAUGGUUCCAUGGUUAAGGGCUCUUUUCGUCGAGAAUAAGAGUCUUCACAUUCCAAAUGCUCCAGAUGGAGAGCCUCCUCUCUCAUUUCUUAUGGAUUUCGCUUCAUAUUUAGGUGCUGCUGAAGUUCCUAUUGGUCUAUUACUACUUGGUGGUACAAUUGGACGUCUUUCUUUGAAAAAACUCCCCCACGGAGUCUGGAAAACUCCCGUGGGUGUCACUUUUUUCAAGUUGUUCAUUUUUCCUAUCAUCGGUUGCGCCUUGAACUCCAAACUUAACAAGGACGGUUUAUUCUACAAUGAACGCAUCUUGUAUUUCAUUUGUAACGUCAAUUUCUGUCUUCCCCCAGCAACCUCUUUGAUCUAUAUCACUGCUUUCUACACUCCUGUCGGCAGUUUCGUUAGAGCCCUUAUACCCAAUCCUUUGGUUCAACAUGACCUCGAAUUUGACUAUGUGUUCAAAAAUAGAGGUCCGUUUAGAACCGUCAACUCGUUUGAGUUCAUGAACAAACUUUCUGAUGUGUAUAGAGGAGAUAGUGCCAUGAGAAGAGAUUCGGAUCUUCAGCUUAAUAGUUUAGGUCACUUUGAAAUCACUUUGAAAUACGUCUAUCGACGUAUUCAUUACGGAAACGAUGAUUUAAUUGGCUUCCGGUUCUCUUUACUUGAUGAUUCUCUUCUCAAUAAUGAGCUUAGACCCUGGCAAUUAAAUCCUAAUGUAGUUGACUUGAAGGAGAAACAUGCCAAGUUGUGGCCAAUUACUGACAACUUGAAAGGUGUCACCAGGUUUGGCAGGCAGACCAAUCGUUUUGGCCGAGACGUCAUUGAUUGGCCUAUGAAGCGACUUAUGGUUGAAGAAACCACCACCAAUACCAACUUGAAUGCUGCUUUGAGGACUGAUGCGGAUCCUAAAAUCGCCUCAAACAGCAAAACACUUCCCUUCUGGAUCAGCUUCCUUUCUAGUGGACGAUCUACCGCUUCAGAAGUUGAAGAUGAUCCAUCCAUAUUUCCUGAUGGAGUCUACUAUACGGGAACUCGUUGGUUCCCUAUAGAACGGCCUUUGGACCUUGUUCCGGCCUUAGUUAAACCCUUUUUCCCGACUUUCAUAGUUGACUGGUUUAACCUUGACAGACAUCAUUCCUCUACUUUGCUCAGGGUUCGAUUUCCAGUUCGUGAAGUUCUUUCUGGUGAUAUCGAUCUGGCCCAGUUGGUUCUCGAUAGUCAACAUAUUAAACUCGUCGUGGAGUUUGCCAAUCCUGACAUCUAUAUAGAUUCUGCUUCGUUGGAGUUUACCGUUCAGUUCAAAGGCUUUAGGUAUUAUUUGUAUCAUUAUCCAGGAUUCUUCAUGGUUAUUGGUGUCUUUUCAUUUUGGAUGUUCUCUUCUGCCAUUUGUAUGGUUGUUAGUUAUGGGAUGUUUUGGUAUUGGAGAUAA